GUUGCUCAUUCUCAAGCAUCUUCACUUUAAUUCUGAGUCACCUCGGUUGAACGAGCUGAUUUUGGGACAAACGAUGAGGGUCCAAAAAAACGACGAAUUAUCCGGUCUACACACUACGAUAUAAUAUACUUUCUCUCAUCAAAUACUAAGUUGAGAGUUUAUCUAUCUCCUUGAAUUUCAUUUUUAAGAGCUUCAAGAACUUCACAGUUAUUAUAUUGGCUUCAGUGAAACUCAUGAAGCAGAGAGGACAAGGACAAAGACUAAAUUGUCAGUUAAUGAAUCUCUCGUUGCGAUGCCAUUAUAUUCACGUCAUCUGUACAACCAUCCAAUAGAUAUAGUGAUUUAUCUCGAAGCACUUUUUGACAAUUUUUGGACUUUAUCUCUUCAUUUCAUUCGUCCCGUACGAUGAUAUCAAGGUUUCUUAUCAACAACAAGUUUUCGAGCGACGUAUACUCUAGUCAGGCGUCAAGGCUAUCUGUUUUAUUUAAAGUUGAUGUAUCAGUGCGCGUUGCGCCCACUGAAGAUUCCUCAGCUCGUUCCAACAGCUGCUAGAAGCAGAUACGCAACGUUUCAGAAAUGGGCUCACAUACCUUAGAGUUUCAUCAGCAUUAUGAUCUAGGUAUUUGUGAUACUAUCUUAUGAAAAGGUUUGAAGAGCGAGCACUUUGGUUUUGAGGCGUGUCUGAUCAUUUCCCCGAUUAAAAAAACAACAUUCACUAAAAAGUACGGUGUCUCUAACACUGGGAGUAAGUUCUCUAGAUUCUCUUUUUAUUCAGUGUGGUGAAUCAGAUUGUACUGCGCUAAUCCAAGAAUCAUAUCACAUGGAUAUCACCUCUUGGGUCGCUAUAGACAAGUUGAAGUGGGCUCAUUGAGACGGAAAGUGCUUUUCCCAAACUCUAGUAAGCUAAGAUCUUCACUGAACUUCCUUUAAGAUAUUUCCCCACGUACCUACUACGUGCUACACUUCUCUCUACCUUCCUGUCAUUCGGGCACGUAGCACACAGGUGCCUAGACGUGGGACUUUGAUGAUCGAUAGACAAUCGCGUGCGUGGAUUCACUAGCUACGACAAGUUUACAGAAACCAUGAGGCAGAGUGCUGGACCAUACGCCACUACUUGGAGCUCACAACAGUUUCAUCAAGAAAUGGAAGAGCGACUUCUCAAUGCUGGUACUGGCAAACGUCUUCCCUCAAGGUCGGACUCACUGUCCGAAUCCGAUGAAGACAACGAGGCCUCUUCUCCUUGUUAUAUUUCGAGUUUAUCCUCCAGCAGACGCCAACAAACUCGUUCUCCAUGUGCCGAGAACUCGUCGUCUUCUAGAGGUUCAUCAAGAAGCCUUGCUCACGCGCGUGUGGAGCUUGAAAUGAAAACUUUGUGGGACGAAUUUCAUGCUCUUGGAACAGAGAUGAUCGUCACUAAAGCAGGAAGACGUAUGUUCCCAACAUUUCAAGUUCGUCUGUCAGGCCUGGACCCGACUGCUCGAUACAUCCUGAUGAUGGACUUUGUUCCCGUUGAUGACAAACGUUACCGGUACGCCUUCCACAGCUCCAAGUGGUUAGUGGCGGGAAAAGCUGAUCCCAGUGUACCUGGACGCGUGCACAUUCACCCUGAUUCAYCGUGUACUGGCGCCCAGUGGAUGAAACAGAUCGUGUCUUUUGAUAAACUCAAACUGACCAAUAACCUGAUGGACGAUAAUGGUCACAUAAUUCUCAAUUCAAUGCAUAACUAUCAGUCUCGUUUUCACGUCAUUCUCGAAGACCCGGAUAAGACUAAUUCAGCACACAUGCAUGAAGUAGCCAAGGAUCGUAUACGAACGUUCGUUUUCCCAGAAACACAGUUCAUGGCCGUGACUGCCUACCAGAACCAUAUGAUCACUCAACUAAAGAUCGCUAGCAACCCGUUCGCUAAGGGAUUCCGCGACUGUGAUCCCGAAGAUUGUGUAAUAGAAGUAAUGAAACAGUUGGAUCAGAAUGGACCAGGUAAUAAUAGUAUGAUGCCAAGACCACGACAUAACAGAGAAAUGAUCGACUCUCGUCAUGAGAGAUCUACGACUCCAUCCUCAAGCAUAUCUUCUCAUCCCCCUUCCAUGGCGCAUGCGCAGUACACCAUGGCAUUACCAGACAGCUACCCAGGGUCUUAUCAUGAGAGUCGGGCGGCAGCGUUAGGUCAACUAAGUCAUGGUAUCCCACAUGUGGGUUCUCCACCACCUCCCUGCAGUUAUCCAUCAAUGAUGGCACCAAUGGUGACGCCUGUAGGGCUGCGAUCACCCAUAUCACCAAACUCACCAACAAGCCCGUCAUAUGGUCAGCGGACUUACCACGAUGCACUGCGCAUGCACCGAAUGGUACCUUAUCCGCACYCGGGCAUGAGAUCGAGGUCGUCAAUUUCUUCAAUGUCGAGCGAUGAACAAGGGUCCGAAUAAAUGCGCUGUGGCACGCCAGAGAUAUGAUGGAAAUUCAUUCCUGCCGCACGUGUUGUCAUACAAAUAUUCAUUCGGUUCACUUUUGAAUUUGCUUCAUUCGUUUUUAUGAGAGAAAACAGUAAAUCUGCAUGACGGGGAAUGUCAAUCUACAAAGACGAACGACACAAGAACAAAUUCGGUACCGGUGAUCUUUCUGAACAUAAAUGCUUGGUCUGUGCGCAUGUCCGAAAAUAGGCGCAGGUUUUCGGAAGAAAUGCACGCAUGGGCACUGGAAAACUAUCAGUGUUCAUGCGUAUUGGAAAGAAUGAAAGGUAUUGAUGGAAGUACGCAUGCGUAUAAGGAUCAUUGUACGGUACAAGCGCGCAUGCGUAAUAAAAGGAAGCAAAGAAAUCAACUUUAACAGGUGUGGAAUGUUGAGGUUUGCGCAGAUAAAAUUCAAGCUCUUUUAUAAUUCAAACAGAAGUCAGAAAACUGUGACAGAGUCUUCAUAUCACAAUGUAAAAUACUGUAACGUUAUUUCUUGUUCAUGAGCAAUAAAAUAUCGAUGAAAAUUUCGA